CGGGGCUUCAAGGAAUUCAAAGGUUGGGACCCCCUGCUCAGGUGUGUGUCUACAGCAGGGUGUGUGAGGCAUGAAGGGACAGUGCGGGUCAUGUGAUUUAUGUUAACGGCCCUCGCUGCUGCUGCUGCUGCUGCUUCUGCUAAAGCGGCAGCGAAAUUGAAACGUGAAAAGAAAGCUGAAGUGAAACUGCAGCCCGGCUUGUUUUAGCUUCACUGGACCCGAUGGCCAGUCCUCACACCACACUGUUUGUGUUUCUGACCGAGCCGGUGUGCAGGGCGUCCUCCUGUUCCAUCAUUUUAAUGCAGCUUUUAAACAAACCUGUGAUGUCAGACUGUGAUUCUUCCUGCAAAGCUCCUCAGAAGAACAAGAAAUCCCUCCUCUGUGAAGGAUGUGAGGGUUCAGAGGACGAAGACAGGACGUUGAAGAGGAGAGAGAAGAACAGAGUUGCAGCCCAGAAGAGCAGAAAGAGACAAACACAGAGAGCUGACCUUCUGCAUGAGGCCUGUGAGCUGCUGGAGCAGAGGAACAGGAAGCUGAGGAGAGAGGUGGAUUCUCUGCACGAGGAGCAGCGAAUGCUCUCUGAGACUCUCGGGGCCCACGAGCGCUUCUGUCCCAUCAUGCACUGCUCCUUUGCCUCGUGCAGUUUGCAGCCGGACACCAUGGAGGCCCGCUCGGUCUGAGGCAAAGCAGUAAUGAGUCUGAAGCUGCUCAUUGUGUAAUGCACCAGUAGACCUGCAGAGGGC